AAAUAUUCAUUAGCAAUUGUGAAGAAACCAACAAUUCUUACAGCCGGUUUUGCAUGCAUUGAAAAAAUUGUCCUAAAAGAAUUAAUUGAAUCGAUGAAACCAAAAGAAUUCAUUAACAAAUACAUUCUUAUCGAUUGUCGUUAUCCAUAUGAAUAUAGAGGUGGACAUAUUAAGGGUGCAUUAAAUAUAUUUGAUCCUGUGGUACUGGAAAAUACAUUCUUUCCUGAAUGUCCAAAAAUAUUAAAAAUUAUGGCUGAAAAAAUUCCAAUAUUUUAUUGCGAAUAUUCAAGCGCUCGAGGGCCAGUACUCGCAUCACAUUUACGAAAAAGUGAUCGUGUCCGAAAUUAUGACAAAUAUCCAUUUCUUUAUUACAAUGAAAUUUAUGUUUUACAAGGAGGCUAUAAUUCGUUUUAUAAUGCUGACGAUAAUUGUUUCAAGGAUCUAUGUGAACCGAUUGGUUAUGUUACGAUGCACGAUAAGAAAUAUACGGAUGAAUUUAAAUUCUAUAAUGCGCAUAAUUCACGUAAUGGUAUUGGUUUGGAAACCGGAAUGUUUCAAACAGCAGUGAUUAAAAAAAAUGGUGGUGAUAUUCGUCGGGCACAUUCCGUUCCACAAAUGCCAGAAUCACCAACUGCUUCACAAUUCUCUUCUGUACGAUCUCCUGAAAAAUUUCAUCCUAAUACUGAUGCUACGAUACCAAUGCUUACUAAUCCACGUACACCAACUGGACGUAAAAGCAAUCGUUAA